GCAAAUCCAAAAUGAAUCACAGUAGACACGUCCUGUGACAAGUAUCUGGAAAUCGACCUCAGACAGAGAUAUAUACUGCAGUUGAAGAUCAAGUUUAUCCUCUGUAGUGCGAAGCGAACAGACUGUUCCUUUGACUUGAUCAGUGAUUUGAGACGGUUUAUGUCUCAUAACAGUUUUACUUUUAGAAGUGUACUAACACUUGUAAAAAGAAGCAUGGUAACAGUGGCUACAAGUUUUUCCAGCACCAUUAAGCUCAAUAAUGGCAUGGAAAUGCCCUUGUUUGGGUUAGGGGUGUUCCGAUCUGAGGCGGGACAGAGUGGGCCAGCAGAAAGAGCAGUGGCCUGUGCCUUGCAGAAUGGGUACCGAAUGGUUGACACUGCAACAAUAUAUGGCAACCAGGCAGAUGUGGGUGCAGGCAUUAAGAAAUCUGGUAUAAAACGAGAGGAAGUUUUUAUUGUUACAAAGCUGUGGAAGAAUGGCUAUGAGACUUGUCGAGAUGAAUUGAACAAUAGUCUUGAACAAUUAGACUGUGACUAUGUGGAUCUCUAUCUAAUUCAUUCUCCAUCUAAUGGUCCUGUUUUGGAAGCAUACAAGGCCAUGGUUGAAUUCCAGCAGAAGGGACUCAUAAGGUCUAUUGGGGUUUCCAAUUUUGGCAUCCAUCAUCUUGAAGAAAUCAGAAAGGCUGGUAUGCCUACACCAGCAGUCAACCAGAUUGAACUAAAUCCUUGGAUGAGACGAUCAGAUCUUGUGCAGUACUGCAAAGACCAUGGUAUUGCUGUCAUGGGCUAUUCCCCUUUGUACAGAGGUGGAAAAACAAGUGAUGCUAUAGUAACUGAAAUGGCUAAGAGCCUCAACAAGACUGUUGGUCAGUUGCUGAUACGCUAUAGUGUCCAAAAAGGGUAUAUUACCAUACCAAAGUCCACCAACCCUAAACACAUUGUUGAAAAUGCAGAUGUUUUUGACUGGGUGAUUCCUGAGGAGCUCAUGAAAAAACUGGAAUCUUUUCCAGAGAAACCAAGUGGCUGGGAUCCAGUAGUAUCCCCAUGGAAAGGUUAACAUUUUAGAAGUGUACAUUUGUGAGCUCCCAACCCUUGAAUAUUAGUUUUUAUCCCCGUUUAGUAUGGAAUGGUAGAGGUAAAUAGUUAAACCCUUCUGUGUGCUUGAUAAUGGUUUGGUAUUUUAUCAAAUAUUUCUGGUACUUGUCUGUGAUAAUUUGUUCCAUAAACAAUUUUCCUUUAAAAUAAUGACUGAAGCAUUUUACUUACCACAAAUGUUUCUGUGCAUUAAAAACUGUAUGAUGUAUUUCUAUCAAUAAAACGUAAGACUCAACUUCUAACUAGUUUAGCAUGCCCGCUGAGUAAAGCAUGCAAUCUAAAGUCAAAUACAUUAGGUUGUAAGUUUUUUCAAUAUGUAUCAACCAGAUAAUGCCUGAAAAAAUGAGGAAACUUGCAAAUAUUAAGCCAGCUUUGGGAUCAUCAAAUAGCUGUAUGACAAUGACUAUGACACACUUUAUUUGUCCCAGUGAGCAGUUUGAAUAUGGGAAAGGUGUUCUAGUCACAAAAGUAAAAGUUGGAAAUAAAAAUAAGAAUGAUUUUCAUUCAAGUUUACCAGUGUCAUACAUGAAAAGAUCUAUUAUUUUCUGGUAAAUUACUACCAGUGAAUGAUUUUGUUUGCUAUCAUAUAAUGAUAGUUUUCAAUGGUAUAGAUUUCUUUUCCUACAGUGGUAGACAGUGCUUGGGGUGAUUUUUAUCAAAAGUUUUCCAUCAGACCAUUUGAUCAAGAGAUUUACUUGCUUUCGAUAUUCUGUAAGAUUUGACUCCAUAAAGAGUUGAGAGGUUUUCUUCAAAUUGUUGUGAAAAGAGCAAUGGUUUUAUCCUUUAUAGAGAAGUGUGUUUUUCAUUGCCCAAUAGUUUUGGACAAUACAGCCAAUCUUCUCCUUCUUUAGUGGCUUUUAUUUAUCUUGCCCAUCAUGAGUAAGGGUUACAUUUUUGGAGCCAGUUAUGCAACAAUGCAAAGAACUCACAGCUCUGACUAUGCAGAGACCAAGCAAUAUCCCUAGCCAGUGGUGUAGGAAGAUGCUCAGCUUUGGGGUCACAAACUCCAUGCUGACAGUGAACGAAAUUCACAUUCUUGUCCUCUCAAUAUCUUUUUGAGGGCAUGGCUGUCCCCUGUGCUGCCAAUGGCUCCUAUGCCACUGCUAGCAACAACCCAAGUAAGUCUCUACACAGAGUUGUAAAUUCUUCCUGCCUCUUUGCACAUUAUGAGCAGAAAAUGUAACCAGUUAAUUUUUCUCUUACGCAAGAGGAAAGGGGGACAGUCCUUUUAAAAAAAAAAGCAACGUAAAACUGCUUAUGUGGGUUUUAUUAUUCCACUUCAUGAAGUUGUGGUCAUGAUAUUUUUUUUUCAGUAGGAAUGAAAAUCACCUGUAAGGGACUAGAAAUAUUGUAUGUUGCAUAGCAUUAAAGGAUGCAUUUAGGCAGGGGUGCCAUCACUAAAAAGAAAUGUAGACUGACAUGUAGCAGACAUACAUUUGCUCUAACUAAAGAAAUACUAGUUACUUAUGCGCUACACAGUAAGUUAGUUAUGCACAGAUUAAAUUCGACAAGUUAUAGACAUGCCAGCAACUUAAUCCCAUAGCCAAAGAAGCUUUUCAAAUAUCCAUAAAUUACUGUUGCAAUCAGAGGACCUUGUGAUAAGAAAUUGAAUGUAUUGUCACUUAAAAGAUAUAAUUUACGCACUUCUAGAGGCUUUGUAGAUCUGAAAAAUCAAAAUCAGUCUCUAAACAGAAUUUUUAUUUAUUUUCACAAUACUUUUUUUGGUUUCUGUUACACUUUCUUUUCAUAAAAAUGACCACUCUUAUUUGGUGUUUAAAUUUUCUAUUUAAACAAAAAGAAAUUGAAAGAAAGUUAAUCAAGGACUUUAAAAGUAUCAUAUUAGAUGAUAUGUAAACACUGAAAAACAUAAAUGUUUGAUGAAUUUAUUUAAUCAUUUACAAAUAAAAACAUAACUUCAAAAUGUAAAUGUUUUAAAUUUCUUAUUUAUAUAUCACAGGCACAAAACAUUAAGCAAAAAAAUAGGUAAGUAGAUAAGAUUAUAAGAUAAGAUGAAAAAAAGGAAAAAGAGUUUGACCAAAGUGGGCCUUUAGAACAUUUAAAUGUGUAUUAUCACUUGUGAUGUUUGGCCUACUGUAAUGUGAAGGCUGCAUACUUAAGCUGAUAUAUUUUGGUGAUUGAUCUUGGUUAGAAACAGCUGGAAGUGGUUAUUUAUGAAAAGAUAUCUUGGAUCAGAAUGAGCUCUUUGUCUAAAUUUAUGUUAUUUUCUCUGAAAAUGUUUUUCUGGCCUUUACCUAUGUUCUUGACCUCCAUAAGAUCCAAAGCAUCUAAAAUUUGUAUUCAUGUAAUUUUCCGAAAAUGCCAAUAUAUCAAUAUAAAGAUCUGAAA